UUUAAGUUUAUACCUCCCUAUUAUAGAGAGCUUUUUAGCAGAUGGGGGACAUGAUAUAUUAGUAAAGGCCUGUCUGCACAAACCAGCCUCUGGGAUAAGUCGCAAUAUUAAGGGCUAAAAUCCUUGAAACUUACCUGCAGAAAGUAAAACAAUGUUCUUGUGUAACAAGACAAGAAUGUAAACUUGUGUGUGUUAACCAAUAGUAGCUCGCUCUGCCUGCAAACCCUGUAGAACCCUAUAAAAGUGUGCUGAUAAUAGAAAUAAACUGGCGUUCACGAUUACUUCUGUGAAGACUGGUGAAUUGCUCGGGGGUCCUUCAACAUUUGGCACUCCGUCCAGGGACACCCCUGCGGGCAGAGGGGCUUUGGAGUCAGCGGAGUGGAUCUGGGCAUUAAUCGUCGCGGGCUCGGGUCGGCACCAGAUAGGCAGCCUGAGCGCGGUGAGACGCGGAGCGGUUAGACGUGGAAGUAGGGCUGCUGGGGGGGGCCCAGAGGCAAGUGCGUGUGAGAGGGAUCGUGACCUUCCGACUUGCGGGGUGCCGUCGGCAUGGAGACAGAGUUUGCGGCGGCUAAAAAACUGCUUCUCGGUAUCCUUGUUAAACGAGGUGAAGCAGCCAGGGAAAAGGACCUGGAUAAGCUCAUUAUAUGGGCGAAAAAUCGUGGGCAUUUUGCAGUGCCCUCACUGCUUUUCGCAGUGGAAGAGUGGACGGAUGUCGGGAAUUUGAUGUGGGACACGGCUCUUACGGGAAAGAGUAAAGAAGUAGUAGCCCUCGGUUCAGUUUGGAAACUUGUGUUAAAUGCCCUACGGGAUAUGAAAGCAGAGUCAUCAGUAGCAGCAGCUGCAAUAGACGCCAUGGCGCAGCCUGAGACAGACGCGCCGCAAUCACCCCCCGCAGAGUCCGCGAGUCGUUUGAGUGCAUUUUUCGGGAUGGGGCAUGUCCGGCCAGCUAAAGGGCUUACCGGGAGACAGUGUAGCACCGUGUCGGAACUUUUAAAAUCCCAGGGGUGCGCCAAUGCGGCUCUGGCCGUGCCGGAGGAGCACUCCGCAGUUCCGGCCGAGCAGGUGAAGCACGCUGCAGCUUCGGCUGCGCCGGCAGAGCCUAAGCCGGAAGUUACCCUGCCGAAUGCGGAUGUAGAAAUGACGGCUCCCCCGGAAGGAGCGGGCGCCAGCUCCAGCCAGGCGGAGCCUGAUACGUCAGCAGAAACAAGAGCCGCAAAGUGCAAACCGAAGAUCUACCCUUCGAUGCCAUCUACCGUUCACUGGAGAAGACCGCAAGACAUCCCUCUCCCCUCCGAUGAUGACAUCUCUAUACAUUCUGAUGACAGCCGGCUUGCAGCGGGAGCCGAGCCAAGUGAUGACAGCGCAGCGACACAGAAAGAGCUACUGGGAUGGCAACAUCAAAUAGAGCAGCUCGUGCAGCAGCUCCAAGCUCAAAUUGAGCAAAACCUAUGUAUAAAUAAAGCGCAGCCUCAGCAAGAGAAAACAGCUCUGCAGCAAACACCAAGACAACGAGCAGAGUCAGUCCAACAGCUACAGGAUAUGCUGCGCCCUGAACCAUCUGCUCCACCUUUGGAGACACUGUCAACACCACAGCCUUGUUCUAGCUCUAUCACCAUGGAGGAAGAGAACAGAAAGCACAGAGCACAGCAGAGGUGGUCCGGCGUCAUUCGAGAUGCAGUGCUUGAAGGAGAGUGGCAAGCAGCCGGCACAAUUGCUUGUCCCAUUUUGUAUGACCAGCAGAAUCCACGUUAUGAACAGCAUGACUGGAAGAUCUUGCAGCAAGCCAAGAAGACAGUCACCGAGAAUGGCAUCAAAUCUGAAGCUGCAAACACUGCAUUGGACUGGCUGUUCACUUCUGAUGUUAACAGUCCCACAGACAGCCAGAAUCUCGCUCGUCUGCUUUUAACCCCAUCACAGCUUAUGGUGUAGGAGAAGGAAUGGAAGAGGUUAGCAAUCCUAGAAGCUAAUCGACCUCGAGAUCCAAAUGAUGUAUUGCAUGGACUUAAUCCUGACAUGCUCACCGGUUCAGGAAUUUACAGUCAUAUGACUGUACAACUAAACUACCCUCUCGCAAUGCAUCACUUGUCUGCACAGCUCGCUCGACAAGCCUUUAACGCUGUGCCUGAUUCCAAACCUCAUCCUUCCUUCACAACAAUACGGCAAGGUCUCACAGAACCAUAUUCUCACUUCAUCGAUCGUCUGUCAGCAGCCCUUAAAGCUCAGAACGACAUGACUGAGGAGGCAAAGCAAAACAUGUUUAAGCUGCUGGCUUUUGAGAACGCCAACUCGAAGAUAAAGCCUAUCCUUGCCACACUCCCAAAGCAAGCAGACGUGGGAGACAUGCUAGAUAUUGCCCUGCGAGUAAAUCAAACGCAGCAAGGACAGCUAGUAGCCAACGCUGUUGCAGAAGCCAUCAAGCCAACCACAAAUCUGAUUGCUGCCGCUGUUGGCAAGCUAGGGAGUGGAGGCAAAC